AUGGAAGCGAAGAUGGAGCCGCUGACACCCCCGCACACGCCGCCCACCCUCGACAGAUCGAUCCACCAUCAACACCAGCUGCCGAUCACGUCUCCAAGAUGGAUCAGGUCUCAGCAGCUGGCUGGCAGAUUCGUCCAGCAACAACCCACCGGUCAGAACGUCGGCUACCAGGCUGCGUUCCUCGACAAUUGGCUACGCGGAGCAGCGCUCCUCGCCGUCAGGGGCUGUUGCCCCCAAACGUCUUCCCCGCAUCCUUAUCAUCACCAGGGUCAUCAGGGUCUCCAUCCAGCGAUCCCCGUGCCGCCACCCGCGUCCUUUCUCACCAGGCGACUGCCGGGCCAGAGACCCAAGAAACAGUUCAUCUGCAAGUUCUGCAACAGACAGUUCACCAAGAGCUACAAUCUGCUGAUACACGAGAGGACGCACACCGACGAACGACCAUACUCCUGCGACAUCUGCGGGAAGGCAUUCCGCAGGCAGGAUCACCUGAGGGAUCAUCGGUACAUCCACAGCAAGGAGAAGCCUUUUAAAUGCAGCGAGUGCGGCAAAGGAUUCUGCCAGAGCAGGACUCUGGCCGUGCACAAGAUCCUGCACAUGGAGGAGUCGCCGCACAAGUGUCCCGUAUGCGCUAGGAGCUUCAACCAGAGGAGCAAUUUGAAGACCCAUCUCCUGACUCACACGGACGUCCCUCAGGAUCUGAGGAUCGAGGCACCGGUCACGACGGAAUCGAGGAUCGCCGCCUCCACGACCGUCAAGCAGAUGGCGGAGAGGGUGAGCAGCCCGAUCCCGAUCCAAAGGACCGCCACCUCUGCUCCUAAACUCGGUUUCACUAUAGAAGAUAUCAUGAGACGUUAA